AUCGACGAGACGACCGAAACCCACCCAACGACACAACCGACAAAAUGAGAGUCUACGAGGACAGUUUCUCCGGCCAGAAGAUCUACCCCGGCAAGGGCAAGCUCUACGUCCGUGGCGACAGCAAGAUCUUCCGUUUCCAGAACGGCAAGUCCGAGUCGCUCUUCCUCCAGCGCAAGAACCCCCGCAAGAUCUCCUGGACCGUCCUUUACCGCAGACAGCACAAGAAGGGUAUCUCAGAGGAGGUCGCCAAGAAGCGCACUCGCCGCACUGUCAAGAACCAGCGUGCCAUCGUUGGUGCUUCGCUCGAUGUGAUCAAGGAGCGCCGUUCGCAGCGCCCCGAGGCUCGUGCCGCCGCCCGCGCCGCCGCCAUCAAGGAGGGCAAGGCCAAGAAGACCGAGACCGAGUCCGAGAAGAAGGCCAACAAGGCAAAGAACGCCGCCUCAGCCGCAAAGGGCCAGGCUGGCAAGAUUGCCAGCAAGCAGGGUGCCAAGGGCCCCGCCGUCAAGGUCGCCGCCAAGUCCCGUUAAGGAUGCUGGAUUCUCACGGUUGAUGUGGUUUGAUUGUCGUUUAGGCGCAGGCUGAGGCACGGCAUGGGAAAAUGCAUCUUCGUUACUUAUACCGACUUUUUUUGCAAUUCUCAUGCCUUCGGGAAAAUAUCAAAAAGCCGCCCCCGCACAUGUCUGGAGGCGCACCCACAAUGCGUUCAUGAUAGGCCUCUGCAAUGCAUUUCGAAAAUUAAAUGACUCCAUGUUUCUCUACAAUCUACGGCCUUGUUCUU